GCCCUGUGGACUGUGUUGAUGGACGGAACAGGUCUGAGUUUGGGUAAAAGAGCCAGGCUUUGGGGUCUUUUGACUAGUGUCUACACGGCGUCAGGAAUGCAUAGGCCAAAAGAUACAAUAACCUUUCAAGAAAAGCCUGCUUUUAAAAAAUUUCACAGACCACCCUUGAGACUAUGAAAUCUUCAUCCGAUGAAAGCAAUUUAAGUUCAUUUGUUUUCCUUGAACUUGCUGCGUUCCCUGUCAGUGACGGCCCCUCGUGUGCUCACCUAACCCAGGACACAUCUUUUUUGCACCGAGGAAUUAAGGAUGGUAGCAGGAUUUCACUCAAGGGUAGCACUCAAGAAGAAAAAUCAGCAUUCCCAGCCCAGACUAUUGGAAAAAAGAACCCACCCCCCCAGCAAAGUGCCCUCCUCUUUUAAUCUAUCGAAAUGAUUUUGUUUUUCCAGUUUCAGGCCUGAUCAUGAACUGAUCAUGAAUAGCGGGGCAGAGGAAAAUAAUCGGCCAGGGAAAGACUUUUAACAAGUAAAUAUUAUGCACAGAAAAACAUGCAAUUAGUGGAGGUUAGUUAAUGCCUUUCAAGUUGCGGCCGAGCUGCAGUUAAGGGUGGAUUUUCUGCGUUAUCCCUGAAUUGUCUGUCAAAAUCUUUAAUGUGACAACGUGACAUGUCUCUCCCAUCGCCCCUCCCUCACUGUGAACAGAAAAAGGGUCUUUUCAAGCAUCCCCCCUCCGCAUUCUUCUUCUCCCUGCGAUCUCUCUGUUCGUCAAUUGGUACCUUUGUUUGCCUGCACCUCUGGAGCUGGGGACCCUGGGGGAAGGGGCUCCCCAGAUGCAGGAGCCAGGGACUGGCUUCUCGGGUUCACUCUGUGCCCACAGAUCACAGUUAAUGGCAUCUCGGAUGGGACAGGCAGCUUGUGGGGUCUCCCUUCUUGCCAAACAUCUCACCUUCUGGGUUCAGACAUACCAAACGCUUGGGGGGCAGGGAAGAGGGGGUGAAGGGCAUGUUUCAUGCCGGAAGAGCCAUUUAGACUAUGCUGGGUCACUCUGAGAGCAGAUCCCUGCAGCUGGGGGUCCCGGGUUGUGGAUGUCCCCAGGGAAGGAGACCAUCAGCUAGCAUCCUCUCCAGACUGCCGCUGAGAUUCUUUGCCUCGAGUCUGAAGAAGGGAAGGAAAUGUUAAGGCAAAAGCAACCCCAAGGGAAAGAAAAAAGAGAGAUCCCUUUUUUGGGGGUGGUGUUGGAGGGAAGGUAUAAAUAGUUCCUUGGUUAAUUUGAUUCACUGUGGCUCUCCCUGGUGAUCUGGCCAUUCUGCUGCCAAAACAAAUGUUUUACUUUAUUUUGACUUUUUUGGGUCCUAAUGAGACAAAAUUUAGUUCUGUCUUAUUUCCAUUUAAAGCAUCUACGGUGGAGGAGGACAGCCCAACCUCAUGAAAAAAAAUAUCUUAACAAAUUGAGAUUAUAUGUUUUAGUUUUGAACUCAGAUGCAGACUUGAGAUAUUCUUUGGUCGUUUCAUGCCUUUCCAUCAGUCACUCUUUGGGGUUUUCGUGGAUGUGAAUUUGGGCAGCUUGAUGUCACAACCUGGUCACACAUGAUAAACAGAAGCAGCGACAAUGAAAACAAGAAAACUCCCCUCCGGUUGAUGGUGAUACUCGUUGAGUCCAGAGCCGAGGAUGGAGUAGGUCCCUCCCUCCACCACCCAAAUCACCCGCACCCGAGAGUUUGCUUCCACUGAAUGCCUUCACAUUUCCAUCCCCUCCUUCCAAGAAGGAUUUGAGGCUCGGCAUUGGUGCACAUCAAAAGACUCUUGGCAUGGCCCAUGCUAAUUUCAUCACUUUAAGGAGCAAAUGAUGCCUACUUCCAAUUUCUAACAUACCCGUCAUUUCCCCUUCAUUUCGUGCCUUUGCAUUUUCCGACAGUGCCGCAGCCCUGCAAGCCUGCAAAAUAUAUUGCUCCAGCCACCUGAGAAGUUCUGUUCCCAGGUCUGGCUCAGGGCCGGGCAGCGGUGGCGGCGGUGGCGGCGGCGGCGGCGGGAGAUGCCCGGGCGGCCCGCAGAGGUCCAUGUGGCGCGCUAGGUGGGAUCCCGGUGUCCUGAAGGCAGAGGCCCUGGCCCUCCUGCCCUGCGGCCUGGGCAUGGCGUUCUCCCAGUCCCACGUGAUGGCCGCUCGGAGGCACCAGCACGGCCGGCUCAUCAUCGAAGUGGACGAGUACAGCUCCAACCCCACCCAGGCCUUUACCUUCUACAACAUCAACCAAGGCCGCUUCCAGCCCCCACACGUGCAGAUGGUGGACCCCGUGCCUCAUGAUGCCCCCAAGCCGCCCGGCUACACCCGCUUCGUCUGUGUGUCUGACACCCACUCGAGGACAGACCCCAUCCAGAUGCCCUACGGCGACGUGCUCAUCCACGCCGGGGACUUCACGGAGCUGGGGCUCCCGAGCGAGGUCAAGAAGUUCAACGAGUGGCUUGGUAGCCUGCCCUAUGAGUACAAGAUUGUGGUUGCCGGCAACCACGAGCUGACCUUCGACCAGGAGUUCAUGGCUGACCUCAUCAAGCAAGACUUUUACUACUUUCCGUCUGUGUCGAAGCUGAAGCCGGAGAACUACGAGAACGUGCAGUCCCUGCUGACCAACUGUAUCUACCUGCAGGACUCGGAGGUCACCGUGCGUGGCUUCCGGAUCUACGGCUCUCCAUGGCAGCCCUGGUUUUAUGGCUGGGGCUUUAACCUCCCUCGAGGCCAAGCACUGCUAGAGAAAUGGAACCUCAUUCCCGAAGGCAUAGACAUCCUGAUAACCCAUGGACCACCACUGGGCUUCCUGGACUGGGUCCCCAAGAAGAUGCAGCGGGUGGGCUGCGUGGAGCUGCUCAACACGGUGCAGAGACGCGUCCAGCCGCGGCUGCACGUCUUCGGCCACAUCCACGAAGGGUACGGCGUCAUGGCGGAUGGGACGACCACCUAUGUGAACGCGUCUGUGUGCACCGUGAACUACCAGCCUGUGAAUCCGCCCAUAGUCAUUGACCUCCCCACGCCCCGGAACUCCUGACUGCCCCUGCGGUCUCAGCCCUUCCUGCCCACAUCAGCUACCUAUGCCUGGCCUAGAGCACGGACCCCCAACCACCCUUCCUUCCACGCAGACAACCCGUCUGGCCGCAGGGACCGGCCCAGCAGAGGGGUUGAGGCCUUGGAAUGAAGAAAAUCUCCCCCAACUCUUCAGCCUCCGUCACCUGGAGUCAGGACCCCGUGGGUCCCGGUCAGGGGUUCUGUGCUCGUGACUUUUCUGCGUGUACAUUUCCGCGUGUACCUUGUCAAAGGACCUACCAAGCUUGCGGUCCUGUCCUGCUCGGGACCUGACGGACUCUUCAUCCUUCUCAGUUGGACACCCUCGUGGGUUUGGGAAGCCGCUGCUCCUGGACACAUUCUGGAAGUUCUCACACAAAGUCUCCCUCUAACGGAGGGUCUGUGUGGCUGCAAGCCCCAGGGUUGGGGGUGCGCGGGAGGUCUUAGAGCCCGGGUGUAAGUAGCUCGCCGUCUCCCCCCGGGGCUGGGGAGGAGACGGGCCUGCUUCACAGCUGAGGCCCUCAAGGGAGCAUCAGGGAUGUCUCAGGAAUUCGGACCGCACCAGGCCAGGCCAACAAGCGUCUGCCUCGCCUUGUCACCCUGCUUUCUUCCUGUGCGCUUCUCGGCCGUCUUGAACCACGGCCUGGGCAUCCCAGGCUCGGAGCCGGGAUCUGGGGGAGUGGUUCCAGAACGAGCCACGUGAGUGCCCAGGACCAGAUGGAGGGUUCCCGAGUCACAGACGGCCCCCGAUCUUGCAGGGGCUGUGCGGCUCUGCGGAACUCGGCCGGCUGGAGGGGCCGCACACCGAGGCCACCCUGCCACGGGGAUGUGCCCGUGUGGGCGUGCACACACCUACACACACAUCCUUCUUCACUUAAUGCAGUGGACCCCGUGUUUCUCAUUACUGUCCUCCUGGGGGUUCUAUCCCUCAGUGCUGUUUCCCGCGCACCAUUUGGGCUCUGUCUGGUGGGCCCACAGCCGAAGGGGCUGAGUGGUUCCUGGUCCUUGCCAGACUGUCCUGUUAACGGGAGGGUGGGCCGGUGGCAGAGCGGGCCCUGGGCUCUGGCAGCUUCGUGCAGGGCGGCUUCUGUUUUUUUCUUUAAGUUAGGACUGGGGGGAGGGUGGUUUGGGCUGAAUCUGCAAGGGAGAGGGAGCCAGCAGGGUCUCAUCAGGGUGAGGCCAGAGAGGCGGGGUCGCCACGUGCAGGGUCACAUUCGACCUUUAUUGCAAAUGUUGAUAUUUUGUUCAUCAUGGAUAUUUUUCUGAAUCGAUUUUGACUUUUAAAGACAUGGGAUUCAAUAGCAUCAUUUCUCUCUACUGCCGAGCUUUUCGGUAGCCCCUUAAACCGGGCGCGUGAGAGGAGGGCCUUACUUGCCUCACCCUAGGCCCAGCCCUGGGAACAAGCACUUAGCGUGCCACUUUGCAGAUACACUCUCGACUCAUCACAGGCGGUCCUGCAAGCUCAGCCCAGUGGGCCCCAUUUUAGAGAUGAGGAGAUUGUGAUCAGAGAGGUGGCGUAACUUGCCUGAGGGUGCACAGUGCCAAAGGGGCAGAAGCAGGACUUGAGCCUGGGUCUCUGGCUCUGUGGGCUCUGCUCUUCCGAGGCUCAGAGAGUUCUGUGCCCCAAGGCAAUGCGUGGUCCGGAGGCUUUUUUCUUUUCUUUUUUUUCUUUUCUUUUCUUUUCUUUUCUUUUCUUUUCUUUUCUUUUCUUUUCUUUUCUUUUUUUCUUUUCUUUCUUUUUUUUUUUUUUUAAGGGUCCUGUUCGAAGCCUCUCGGGUUUGUUUCUCAGAGAGAGUCCCUGGAGUGCUGAGGGAUCCUGUUCUCUGAGCCCAGCACCCCGGCAUCCCGGGAGACCACGGGUCCUUCCCUACUCUCACGGGGCUCCCCAUGGGGCGAGGGGCACCGUCAGCGAGGGGAGCCUGGCAGCAGCAGCACGCGGACCGGGGCCAGCGGCGCUCUGUGCGGUGCGGGACUGCGGGACUCUGGCCAAGUGGUUCCUGGUGGCCGAGGAUGUUUACAAGGUCUCUGGGGAAGCCCAGAUGCACGGCGCGUGGGCACGUGUGGGGUGGAGAAGACACAGGCCCUGUUCGUCACCUCUGCUGAAUUUCUAUGCGGACCAAGAACUAUAAACUUAAAAGUUUUUUUUUCCUAAGGUAUCUUCAGAAUAUGGUGUAUUUUUAUGUGGAAAAGAAAAGUUAUGAAGGCAGCUGUUACUUUGAAAGAAAAUUCAUUAAAGUCCUUGAGGUAUGAAAGAUGAUGGCGUGCUCCUCAAUCAUUUUGGCAUAACUUGAUUGUGGCUGUGAUUUUUUUUUUGUCAAGCAUGUCAGACAAUAAAGUCUUUGUAAAAAGAAA